GCCAUCAGCUCGCUGAGUGAUUGGCGUGUGUUUGGCUGCAGGAGGGUUAAAUAGGAGGCGAGAGUCCUGCAGCUCCUCACUGUCCUCUCUGUCGUCUCGCAGCAGGAAGACAUCAUGAUGACUUCAGGCUUCUCCACUCGCAGCUCGAUGAAGAGCUCCGGCGGCUCCUACAUCGGCAGCGGCGGCGCUGGAGGUAUAUCCUUCAUGAGGGCGGGCAGCGUGUACGGAGGAGCAGGAGGCAAAGGGGUCCGUAUCUCCUCGUCCUCCAUGGGUGGAGGUGGCGGCAUGGGGGGAGGCUACUCGUCCUCCGUCCGCUACAGCGUCUCCGGCGGCGGCGGCGGCGGCGGCGGCGGCGUGGACGACAGCCUCAUUGGCAACGAGAAGUUCACCAUGCAGAACCUGAACGACCGUCUGGCCUCCUACCUCGCCAAGGUGCACUCUCUGGAGAAGGCCAACGCCGAGCUGGAGCUGAAGAUCAGGCUGUUCCUGGAGAGCAAGGUCGGCCCCAGCACCCGAGACUACAGCGCCUUCUUCGCCACCAUCUAUGACAUCACUGCCAAGAUCCAGGCCGCCAUCAGGCUGAACGGAGCGAUCCAUCUCAGCAUUGACAACGCUGGGCUGGCUGCAAACGACUUCAGGAUGAAGUAUGAGAACGAGCUGGUCAUGCGUCAGUCGGUGGAGGCCGACAUCGCCGGUCUGAGGAGAGUUCUGGAUGAACUGACUCUGAACCGGACCGACCUGGAGAUGCAGAUCGAGGGUCUGAAGGAGGAGCUGAUCUUCCUCAAGAAUAACCACGAGGAGGAGCUGCUGGCGAUCCGAGGACAGAUGAGCGGCCAGGUCACCGUGGAUGUGGACGCCGCUCCGGGACCGGACCUCAACAAGAUAAUCGCCGAGAUCCGAGAGCACUACGAGACAAUCACCACCAAGAACCAGAAAGAGCUGGAGGCCUGGUUCCAGACCAAGUCGGAGGCUCUGAACAAAGAGGUGGUGACUCAGACGGAGACGCUGCAGACGUCCAGGUCAGAGGUCACGGAGGUCAAGCGGACGCUGCAGGCGCUGCAGAUCGAGCUGCAGUCGGCGUUGAAUCUGAAAGCAUCUCUGGAGGGAACUCUGGCCGAGACUCAGAACCGCUACGCCAUGCAGCUCAACGGCUUCCAGAUGCAGGUGACCUGCCAUGAGGAGCAGCUGGUCAUGCUGAGGGCCGACCUGGAGAGACAGGGACAGGAGUACCAGAUGCUGCUGGACAUCAAGACCAGGCUGGAGCUGGAGAUCGCCGAGUACCGGAGGCUGCUGGACGGAGAGGGAGUUGGCAGCUCCUCGUCUUCGACCACCGUGACCCGGCGGACGGUAACGGUGAUGGAGAAGGUGGUUGAUGGAAAGGUGGUCUCCUCAAUCACCUCAUAGGACUGUUGAGCUGCUGCCAACAGACAAUCAUCAUCAUCAUCAUCAUCAUCUUCAUCAUCAUCAUCAUCUUCAUCAUCAUCGUCGUUAUUGAUGUUCACUGAUGUUGAACCAAUAAAACCAGAGUCCUAACAGCC